AUGCCCUUUUCUUCUGCCUGCCAGCCCGGCAUAAAACCGGUUUCUCAUGGCACUCUGCACGAGGCUCGAGGCAGAGAACCCCGCCCCGGCAGCGGCGGCCAGCUGAACGAAGUACUGCGGGAAGGUGGCCGUGAGGAGCUCGAGGGAAGCGGAGAGAUUCUCAACGAGGUCGGAGUGAGGGAAUGUCCCUCAACAGGCCCUCUCACCUGCCCACAUCGGCAAUCUCACUUGCUCGCAUCGGCACUCUCACCUGCCCGACCUAAGGUGCUGCCUUACCUCGGCGAAAUUUCUUCUGCCUGCCAGCCCGGCGUAGAACCGGUUUCUCGUGGCGCUCUGCACGAGGCUGGAAGCAGAGAACCCUGCCCCGGCUGCAGCGGCCAGCUGGACGAAGUACUGCGGGAAGGUGGCUGUGAGGAGCUCGAGGGAGGCGGAGAGGUUCUCAAAGAGUUGACCGCGGCUGCUGCUGGGAUGGCGCCCUUGCCCAGCCCCACUGCGUACAGCAUUGCCUGGAGAGGCGAGGAGGGAAGAGAAAGUGGGAAGAGAGGGAGGAGAGACGAAUGGUUCCAGGUUGAACUGGGAGAGCGUGACUUUGGAUUCUUUCAGCACCCAGUUGACCGCGGCUGCUGCUGGGAUGGCGCCUUUUCCCAGCCCCACCGCGUACAGCAUUGCCUGCAGGAGGGAGAGAGGGAAGAGAGGGAGGGAAGCGAGAGAGGGAAGAGAGAAAGGGAGGGAGAGAGGGAAGAGAGGGAGGGAAGCGAGAGAGGGAAGAGAGAAAGGAAGGGAGAGAGGGAAGAGAGGGAGGGAAGCGAGAGAGGGAAGAGAGAAAGAGAGAGAGAGAGAGGGAAGAGAGGGAGAGAGGGAAGAGAGGGAGGGAAGCGAGAGAGGGAAGAGAGAAAGGGAGGGAGAGAGGGAAGAGAGGGAGGGAAGCGAGAGAGGGAAGAGAGAGGGAAGAGAGGGAGGGAAGUGAGAGAGGGAAGAGAGAAAGGGAGGGAGAGAGGGAAGAGAGGGAGGGAAGCGAGAGAGGGAAGAGAGAAAGGGAGGGAGGGAGAGAGGGAAGAGAGGGGGGAAAGAGAGGGAGAGAGUGUGGUUGUGUGA